AGUACAUUUGUACAGUCCGAUUGAUUUCACAUUCCACUUAUAAAUUCUUUCUUCUUACCCGGUUCGCCCAGCCCAAUUUCGUGCCGUGUGGUGCGUAAUCAACCUCUUCUUCUUUCUCCCCAUCAGAGGCCAAACUCAUUUUCUCCACUGAAGAAGAAACGAAGUUGAUUAUCAUCACAUCACAUGCGCAAAAUCUGCGGAGCAAAAUCCAGGUGCCAACACCUAACCACCCUUAGGUUCCACCUUCAAGAUCAAAUGGCGGCGUCUUACCUUUUUGGGACGAGCCCGCUGAAUUCUUACCUUUUUGGGAAUGUUCAGUGGCUAUCAAGAACUUGGUGCGAACCCACUGAAUUCUCUACUUAAGACUAUUUAAUCCCCCCACUCCGGCUCCUCUUUCGGCCAUAUGGAAAUGACGAGCCAAGUCGCGAGCCGGCUGAAGCCAUGGCAGGAGCUGAGGGGCAAAGUGGUGAUGGUAACCGGCGCGUCGUCCGGGCUUGGGAAAGAAUUCUGUCUCGACUUGGCUAAAGCCGGUUGCAAAAUCAUUGCCGCCGCUCGUAGAAUCGACCGGCUUGAAACCCUCUGUGAUGAGAUCAACCGAAUGAGUUUUAAUUCGGACGAGUCUAAAACGAGUGAACUCAGGGCCGUGCCGAUCAAGCUUGACGUUAGUGCCCAUGGACCGGCCAUUGAAGCCGAUGUUCAGAAAGCUUGGGACGCGUUUGGACGCAUCGAUGCUCUUGUGAAUAAUGCCGGUGUUAGAGGCCGUGUGCAUACUCCAUUGGAUUUAUCUGAGGAAGAAUGGAAUAAUAUCAUUAAGACUGAUUUGACUGGAACAUGGUUGGUGUCAAAGUAUGUCUGCAUUCACAUGCGUGAUGCUAAACAAGGGGGAUGUGUCAUCAAUAUAUCCUCCAUUACCGGUCUUGAUCGUGGACAGUUGCCUGGAGCUCUAGCAUAUGCGUCAGCAAAGGCUGCCAUUAACACAAUGACAAAGGUUAUGGCAAUGGAGCUGGGGAAGCACAAAAUAAGAGUGAACUCAAUCGCACCUGGAAUUUUCAAAUCUGAGAUUACUGAGGGACUCAUGGAAAAAGACUGGUUGAAGAAUGUUACUCUUAAAACUGUCCCUUUAGGAACAUUUGGCACCAUAGAUCCAGCAUUGACAUCACUUAUUCGAUAUUUAAUCCUUGACUCUUCUGAGUAUAUAUCAGGCAAUAUUUUUAUUGUAGAUGCUGGAGCAACCUUACCCGGUAUUCCAAUUUUCUCCUCUCUGUGAAUGUCUGUCUAUACACUUGAAAUCAAUUAUCUGUAGCACAGAACUCUAUGUUGUUGAAGCAAGUGUUAAAAAAAAAUAAAAAAGUUCUACUGGUUUUAGUUUUCCAGUUUUGCUUUUAAAAGAUUCUGAGUGCAGGGAAACUGUGAAUAUCCUUUCAUUGGAGGAUCAUUCUUUCUCCUUUGUCUUUGGUUCUUGUUUCAUCAGUAAGUAGUUAACCAGUUUCUCUGUGUUCAACAUGGGCUGUUGGGUUCUUUUUCUGUAUCUGAUUUUUUUCUCCUAACAAUAGUGAACACGGGGAUUCACAAGCUGAAAGAACAUUUGUUUGACACUCAAGUUUUACACAAGAAAUUAGAUACAGAUGGCUCUCAAGUCUUGCAUUAGCACCUCUGACAAAUUGUAGUUGGGCUUAGCAGUUGAAAUCAGGCUGGCAUAGGCGUCCGCAUUAUAAACUGCCAUCUUUGCCCCAAGCAGACCAGAAGAUGCAGUCGACUAGUAUGCAUUUGAUAUAAAAAAUUUCCAAAUCUUCGAACCAAAAUGUAGCUAAUGUUUCCUAGACAUGCCUUCCAAUGUAGUAGCAAACAAGAUUUUAUCAGUCCAGAGUCCUAUUUCCUCUUAAGGUGGCUGCUACAGCUGGGAUUUCAAAAAGCAUGGAAGCCAUUCAGUUAAAACUGGGUAUCACUUUGCCUGGAGUUUUCGGAACUUGAGAGGAAGCUCAGGCUUCCUCACUGGAUCAAUCUCGUGAACACCAACAGCGGGUCUCGAAAGUAAUGUGGCACCUGAAAAGUUGCUGCCGGGCUACAACUAUUUUAUAUUGAGACUACUUCAAAAUGCUUGUCCAACGAACGGGGCAUGAUUUAUUAGAGGAUGCUCGGUUACACUUAUAUGUCUGAGAUGUGCCAAGGCAGAGGAAACUAUAUAGAGUAUGAAUUUGUCAAGAAGGUGUGACAGGAUAGAGUCUAUGUGGAAUCUCCUUUGAUAAAGCAACCAGGAAGGGGUGAGCAGGAUAUAUAUUACAGCAACCUGGAGGAAUAGAUUGUUGCACACUUGCUGACAGAGUCUACGUGGAAUCGUCUAUGCAGAAGGUGGCAACAGCAUGCUUGGAAGCCAAUGAAUUGUGCCAGGAGAUUAUGCCACUCUUUAAAACAGAGUGUACUGGCCUUUUGAAGUAUCUGCAGAACCUCAGGAAGACAGGAAUUCUCCCCUGGAAGUUAAGACCAGUACUUGGUCAUAUUUUAGUACCGUCUCAUGUUUUCACUCAGGUUAUUAUUGUUAAUGUAGAUAGGAGCGACAUAGCUAGAGCUUAUGAUUUAGCCAUUAUAGCUAGAUGCAAGGAUGAUCAAUGUAAUGAUGAAACUCAGUUGUAAUUUGGAUUUAAAUGAAGUAUAAUGGUUUUCGUUUGAAAAAAAAAA